AUGCUUUUAGCACCGGUAUCACUGCGCAACUACGGACGCCCAGCCUCAACUCCAAUACCUCCCAGAAUGACUUAUACAAUCGUCGCCUACCUAGCCCGCAAACCUAGCAUGACCCCCGCCGAAUUCCGCAACUACUACGAAAACACACACAUGCCCCUCCUCAUCUCCCUCACCGGCUCCGUCUUCCCCAAGACCCACAAACGCUACUACCUGCCGCGCACGACCAAAGACCCAUCAUCCCCAGACACCACGAACGCAAACCACGCCGUCACGGUCUACGAGGGCAUAGCUGAGGACUUUGAUUACGAUGCGUAUGCGGAGCUGGAGUUUGAGAGUAUUGAGAAGUUUGCGGCUUUUGGACAGAGGUUGGCGGAGGUGGCAGCGGCGGAGGAUGGGGCUUUUCAUGCGGAUGAGUUGGCGUUCUUGGAUUUGAGUAAGAGGAGGUGUGUUGUGGUUGAUGGGCCGGUUGCUACGGUUACGCCGAGUGAGAUCUGA